AUGGCCACUUUCGGUGAAGACAUCGACGAAAUCUUUUGUAUUUGUCCUCGGUUCCGAAUUCUGGUGAUAGGAAAGACUGGCGUUGGCAAGUCUGCGUCGAUCAAUCGAGCAUUCGGAAUGGAAAAAGCGCUCGCUUCGCAUCAUAAGCCGGGCGAGGCUAACAUCGACACGGAGUUCAUCUCACGACAGAACGAGAGAUUUGUUCUCCAUGAUAGCCAAGGUUUUGAACCAGGAUACGAAGACGACGUCGCAAUAGCGGGCGUUUACUGGAGACCGGCAUGGAGGAAAUUCCUCACACUGAAGCGUGAGGGAAAGCUGGGAAACAUUCCCGUGGUCGCCGUUUUCACCAAAUACGAUAUGCUCAUUGAUCGCAUGGAUCGUACUCUGGAUAAAUCAUCUCUAGAAGGAUUGAGCAAAGGCGCAAUCAAGGAACUCGUCGAGAAGAAAUCAGCGGACCACCUACAGGACGUCUGCAUCCGACCCCUACAAAAAUUCGCCGGGCCAGAUAUACCCCAUGCUGUGACCUCUGCCAAACGAAACUAUAAGGAAACACUCCUCCGUCUGAUCCAAAUAACUCAAGACUGCGUCAGUCAGCAUAUUGCACUCGAGGUGUCGGUGAUGGUCUCCAUCGCUCAGCGAGUAGAUACUCGAUUCAAAAUUAAGGAAUCGAUCAAUGCUGGCAAGAGAAGUCUGUCUCGAUUUGGUGGUUUUACAGGAUAUUGGAAGGCGCUCGUUCCAAGCACAGCAUUCAAGAACCGUAGGACGUGGGACUGUCUACAUGUGCUUCAUACCAACAUAGUUGCUGUAUGGGAUUUCCACGACCCCCACCAUUACUUGCGCAGCAUAGAAUUCAAGAUAUUGAUGGUGAACUUGGUUGAUCGACUAGAGGUUCGAAAUACAGCUGAUCCCAACUGGGAGACCAAUCUUAUUGGGCUGAGUACCAAUGCGAGUAUCAUGUCUACUCUGGCAGGACGUGUGGCUCCCAUCAUGCUGCCGAGCCAGCUGUCCCGCGUGGUGCUUCAGCGCUUUAUACCAUACAUCUUCAACUUAACACUUGUGUUGCAGACACUGUUGCUUGUGUCUGAAAGCCAGGAACUCUCCCGUAGGGCCAUCAAGCUCGCGGUCAAGUCCCACUAUGAUUCACCAAUGAGCAGAGAAAUCCAUGCUACGCUCUUGGAACGCGCGGAUUGCGAUACAUUGGAUGAAAUCAUCGAGCCGAUCCAUUUGUGUAGUUUCGAUGCCGAGACAAUCUCCCGCCUCAGGGCAGAUAUUCCGCCUAUGGGUUCAUGCCCGGAUGAACUAUGGGAAGACGGACCACAGGCUCAGUCUCUCCCGAAUACUUCCACGUCAGAUCCGCUGAAAAAUCUUACGAACGAACUCCAGGAAAGGCCGCAAUAUCCGAUUGCUUCCGGAGGUUAUGGGGACAUCUGGAAGUGUGUUUUAGUGAAGCCCGGUGAGACCGUCCAGGUAGCAGUGAAGACCAUUCGUGCCUCCGAGGCGGAUAACCGUGACGAGGACUUGAUGCGGAAGAACACGAAGUGCACGGCAAAUCAAGUUGUCCAUGGUGACCUGACGGGGUCAAAUGUCUUGGUAUAUGGCAAUGGUCGGGCGUGCCUUGCUGAUUUUGGUCUCUCCACUAUCAUCCUGGAGUUCAAGGGUACCUCCUAUUUUACGACCAACGUCUGGGGCAAUAUCCGAUGGGCAGCUGCGGAACUAUAUGAAGCACCAGAUGACAAUAGUCUCACUCAGCACCGAGUGCGAUAUAUACUCUUUUGGCAGUAUCACCUUGCAGGUAUUGACUUGCAAGUGAUGGCACAGGUCGUCAAGGGUAAGAAACCAGAACCUCCAGAGGAGUCGCAAAUCGCUCCCGGGUACUGGGAUUUCAUACAGCGAUGCUGGUUGCCUCCUGCAAGUCGUCCAUUAGUUGAAGAGAUCGUGGCAUUUAUAGGAUGUGAACGACAAGCUCUAUCAUCCUAG